AUGAUUGGCAGGAUGGUGUUGGGACUGUUACUGUUACCCGCUUGCGCCAUGCAGCAAUUGCAAUGUGACGAGCACGUAGCGCACUUCGAUGGCAUUGGAUGGGCAGCUAGUGCUUUGUUUGGAUUUUAUGGUUCGCGGGGCGCGCGGCGAAAGAGGUGUGCUUCCGUCACAGCAGGUGUGCGCCAGGUGGCUGCCUGUAUGUAUAUAAUAUAUGUUUAUUUUUGUCUCGAACGGCCCGUGCGUGGGGAGGUCGUUAUCAUGCGCGCGCUGACUGCAGCUCGGCUGGCACCGUGGCCAAUAGAACGUAUGGCUUGGGUGCUUUACUUGCGGUACAAUCCUUGCACCUCUCCCCCCCCCCGUUCAUCAGGUCGGACAAUCCGAAACACCCAAUCUCCAAUACCCAACAUCCAACUUAGGGCGCCUCUUCCCGCCUCGCCCAAAGUUUUGAGCGAGGGGAAGGAACACCGCGGUGAACAAGCCUGUGAGCACAAAACACAAAACAUCGCCGACAAUCGCUGA